GGUCAAGUAAUGUCUGUCUGAGGCACAUAUGUAGCUGCAUAGGACACACGGUGGGAGGACAGUAUUCCAAUUUAAGAGAAAUUAGUGUCCAGAUAAAGACAGCAACGGUCAUUUAUUCAACUUAACCAAAAAAGCUCUUCAGCACUUCAAAUACAACAAGCUUGCUACAAAUAAAACCCUUCUUCUCCACAGUGUUCUUCUUUUCAAAAUCAAGUAAAAGCAAAAAUAUAAGCACAUAAAACAAAGAUCACGUGAUUGUCUUGUCACAGCAAGAAACGGAUUUUAAAGAAAUCCUCCUUCUGGCCACAUCAAACAUAACUGCGGUGAAAUUACACCUCCAAUACGGAUGGCCCUCAAGUCUUAAUUGUUGCUGUUUGAAGUAUGGCCACUUAGAUAUCCUGUUUAGGAUGGGGCUGUAUUGUCGCACCUUUGUUCUGAUAAGGGUCCCUGCCCCCAUCGACAAAGUGCGAAAGACGGGGAGGACCCGCAACAAUAUAAGGGACCAGAGGAGUGUCAGAGGGACACACUCUGUCUCUCCUGCGCUACUGUGCUGCCGUCUGUCACACUGAAGUUUCCUUCUCUCUCUCUUUCGUCAUGGAUUUCAUUCGGGCUUGUGUCUUUUUCGCCGCUCUCUUCGGUCUCGUUAAGGCUUUUACGCAUCAGGAUAUGAAGGACGCACUGCUACAGAAGCUUGGGAUGGAUGAAGUUCCUAGAAUCCAUAAAAGGGAUGUGGAAAAUCUGGUGAUUCCGGCGCAUAUAAGAAAUAAGUACACGAGCAUGCUGAAGAUGCACCACAGCAGGAGGCGCAGAUCUUUGCCUAGUCUUGCGGGCAUCCUGAAAGGAAUCCCCGGCAAUGCAGAUAUUUCCGGGGAGUACGUCUACUCUGACACCAGUCGGCAACGCGUGAUGUUCGACAUGGAGGCGAGGAUCCCGGAUAAUAGUGAGGUGACCAUGGCCGAGCUGAAGCUCUACCAGCGGGCUUCCCACCACAAACGAUUCACGGUGGAGAGGAAGAGCCACCGGCCCGUCAGCAACGCCAGGGUCAGCAUCUACUGGGUGGAGGUGCUGCCCAACGGAUCCAACCGGACGUCGCUGGUAGAUUCGCGGUUGAUCCCCAUUCACGAGACAGGCUGGAAGAGCUUUGAUGUCACCCAGGCGGUGCACUAUUGGUCCAAGACACAGCAGAAGACACCUAUGCACCUGGAGGUGUGGAUCGAGGGCGAGAGACCUGGCAGUUAUGCGGCAGAGAUGGCCAAGAGUGUCCGCUUUACCACCCAGGAGCAGACGGACAACACCUUGGGAAAGCCCGAGCUCGUCCUCUACACACUCAACCUCGAAGAGUACGGCUCUCGCGGUGACUGCGACAACCAAAACAAAGACACCUGCUGCAGAGAGGAGUACUUCAUCAACUUCCGCGCACUGACAUGGACACAGUACUGGAUCAUUGAGCCGGCUGGGUACCAGGCUUUCAGGUGCACCGGUGGCUGCAAGCAGCCCAAGCGCAACUUCGGGUACGGCGAGCGGCGGUGCACGGUGUCCGAGAGUGCGCCUUUACCCAUCAUGUACCUGGUGAAGAAAGGGGACUACACCGAGAUAGAGGUGGCUGAAUUUCCCAAUAUGAUCGUAGAAAGGUGCGCGUGCACUUUGGACAACAUCUCGAUAGUAUGAAGUCACGGGAAAGGCUCGUAAGAAUCCAGACUGGGGGCGGGGAUGUGUUCUGAGUACACGCGUGGUGUUGUUUUCAAUGAAGUGUUGAUAUAUUUAAUGCACACCUAAUACUUUAUAUUUAAAAGGACCUUUACCCGGAGUUUCAGUACUCCUGCCUAAACUCCAUCUACAAGCACUUUGAUAUAUUUUGUACAUUUUGAUAGUUUUUUCCUUUUUUAUACUUGAAUUUGUGUGAGCUGCGUUGAGUCAUUCAAAUUCUGUUUGAUGUGUUAUAUUUUCCACCUGUAAAUAAUAUGAAUGAGUUUAUGUUUAGAAAAUUAAAAUAUUUU